AUGGACAUCGAAUUCUGCAAAGGGAAUGAAUCGAUCGAAAUCGUCCGCGAUUACGUCCAUCUUCUGGGACGGCAGAGCGGCGACUGCGGAAGGCAGUGCUCCUUGACGUCCGGCACCGCAGACGCGUGCGACAUCUGGCUUGUUUUCGUGGAGUUACUGCAUUGUAAGAUGGCUGUCGCUAUUGCUGGCCAAGAAUUUACAACAAAAGAUGCAGUGUGUUUUCAAAGUUCGGGUUUUUUGACAGUUGGGAAGAAGUCCUCACCUGCUAAGUUGGUGAUGCUUACCAUCUUCAUGAAUACCUGCCUGUGUAGUGGAUCUCCUGAUAAACUUGAGUGGUUCUGGGGUGCUCGGGUUGAGAUGCAACAGGCUCACCUUGAGAUGCAAGAGCAACGGACUCAGGGGACUCAUCAGAAUGGUGUAGUGGUAGACUGUGAGGAGCACAAAGAGAAUGUGAAAAAAGCCUCCAUGGUUAAUAGUCAACCCUCAGCUGAUGAGUCCCCCAAUCUCACCCCAGUUCAGUAUGAUGCAGUCAGACUGGUUGGUCAAUAUCUCCUGGAACUGGGAUUGCACCGAUCAGUGGACUUGCUCAUGGCAGAGUCAGGCUGUCGUCUGGAUCAUCCAGCAGCAGCCAAGUUCAGGCAGCAUGUGAUGAAUGGGGAAUGGGCAAAAGCAGAAGCUGAUUUGAUAGAGAUAAGCCCUUUUCUCAAAGCUCCUCAAGAUGUCACAAAAAUGCGUUUCCUCUUGCUGGAGGAGAAGUUUUUGGAAUUGGCUGAGGAGCAUCGAACUGUUGAGGCUUUGAACUGCUUGAGAAGAGAACUCAGUCCCUUAGGAUAUAAUACAGAGCGCCUUCAUCAACUAGCAAGUUGGCUGAUGUGUGGUGGGGGAGAGGAGCUAAGACAAAGUGCCAGUUGGUCAGGACGAGGCCAACAUUCACGGAGUCAUUUGAUGGAAGAACUCCAAGCAUUUCUCCCUCCUGCCAUCAUGUUACCUCCUCAGCGUCUCAAGACCCUCUUAGACCAAGCCAUUGAAUUCCAAUGUGAAAGAUGCCUCUAUCAUAACACUUCUGCAUCAGUUCAAAGCCUCCCUUCAUUCACCCUCCUCACAGAUCAUGUUUGCUCCAAGGAACAGUUCCCAUGUGAAACCAUUCAAACCUUGGCUGACCACAGUGAUGAGGUCUGGUUUUGCCUCUUCUCUCCUGAUGGAAGGACAUUGGCAACUGGUUCCAAAGACACAACCAUUAUUUUGUGGGAUGUUGAAUCAGAGUCCCUGACAGUCAGACACAAGAAAACGUUAGAUGGACAUGGGUAUGGAGUCGCAUACAUGGCAUGGAGCCCUGAUUCUCGGUGGCUGGCUGCCUGUGGAUCUGAUGAAUCAUCAGAAGUAUGGAUUUGGGAUGCUGAGUCAGGAGACUUGAAGGUUAAAGUAAACCAGUCACCUGAUGAUUCUCUCACCUGUGUGGCCUUCCAUUCAUGCUCAACCAAAUUUGUCACUGGGGGCACUAAGGGCCAAUUUUACCAAUGUGAUAUUGACGGAAACAUCCAUGACACAUGGGAGGGAGUAAGAGUACGAGCCUUGUGGUGCAAGGGUGAUGGGAAAACAGUAUAUGCUGCUGACACCCAUCAUCGCAUCCGUGGAUACAUACUCGAGGAUCUCAGGGAUUUUCCUGUUCUUCAAGAGGACCAUGCCAUCAUGUCUCUGCAUGUGAGCUCAGACUGCCGCCUUGCUCUUGUCAAUGUCUCCAAUCAAGGAGUGCAUUUGUGGGACUUGGAUAAUAAGGCUCUCCUCAGGAAGUUUCAAGGACCCACACAAAGCCUCUACACAAUCUAUUCCUGCUUUGGGGGACUGAAUGAAGCCUUUGUGGCAAGUGGAAGUGAAGGUGCUUGA